UGUCAAUUUCACAGAUUCACGUCAUUCGGUAAUUUGCAUCGAUCGUUAGGGUUUAUCGAGAGCAGACGAGAGCGAUUUCUCAAAUCGACUUUAAUGGCUGACGAAGAUUACAACGAAGUCGAUGACUUGGGAUAUGAGGAUGAGCCAGUUGAGCCUGAGAUCGAAGAAGGAGUAGAGGAAGAUGCUGAUAUCAAGGAGAACGAUGAUGUUAAUGGUGAGCCUAUGGAAACAGAAGAUAAGGUUGAAACAGAACCUGUGCAACGUCCACGUAAAACGUCCAAGUUUAUGACCAAGUAUGAACGUGCACGUAUCCUCGGCACUCGCGCUUUGCAGAUUAGCAUGAAUGCUCCUGUCAUGGUUGAGCUGGAGGGUGAGACUGAUCCACUUGAGAUUGCGAUGAAAGAGCUUAGGCAAAGGAAGAUUCCAUUUACCAUUAGACGAUAUUUACCUGAUGGGAGUUUCGAAGAAUGGGGAGUCGAUGAACUGAUCGUGGAAGACUCGUGGAAACGUCAAGUUGGUGGUGAUUGAUAAUCUGGCAAGAGACAAAAUCUAUGUACUUUGCAAGCUUUCUGCUCUCGUAUGGAUAAUGAACUUAUGAUACUUUUGUAGAACUGCGAAUUAGUGAAACUUAUGUAUAAUAUCGGUCUAGUCUUUUGUUUAUA